CUUAAUUGUAAACAAAUAUUUUGAAUUUAUGAUUUCAGGUUUAAAAUGUCGGGGGUGGAGGACUUGAAGGUUUUGACAGGCGAACCAGUAAGCGGGGAGAACCAAAAUUUCAGUCACGAUAAAUCAGACAUUUUGAAUGACGAAGAACAUAUUGAGACCGAUAAAGUUCCCGAUGGAACCCUUGAUGACCCCGACAUACGAGAUUCUAACCUAAAAAAUGAAAUUAUAAACCUGGAGACGACUGCAGUUAAGUCUAGAAUGCAGGUCUCAAUAGAUAAAUGUGAUUGGACUCUAGUAGAAAAAGAAGAUAUUCCUAAGGAUUUUGAUGAAGGUUUUUCACGAUCUGUAACACAAGAAGAAACAGACAGCGAGAGCAUUGAAACUAUUAGUGAUGAUGAACCUUUUGUGAAAUCCUUUACUAACCCAGUCCAACACAAGCAAGAUGUUUACAAUAGCUUGAACAGCCAGACUUCUACGAUAAGUGAUGGUAUCCCGAUCAAAAACAGUCUUGAUGGUGGGGUGGAUGAGCAGUAUUUGUGGAACAGAGACGGCGAGCAGGAAUUACAGGAGAGUGAGGCUUCAGUAUCAGAUAUGUUGGAUGAGAUUCCAGCAGAGAAGGAGGAGGAGAGGGAUACGGCCGAGGAGAGAGAGAAGGCGGAGAAUGUUGACGAGGUUAGAAUUGAAAACAACGAACAAGACGAGAACGUGGAAGAUAACGUUGCACAACAAGAAGAGGAAGUAAAGGUUGAAGAUGGUGAUGACUAUGAGAAUGAAGAUGGUGAAGAGAAUGACGAAUAUGAUGACAGACAUAAUGCUGACGAUGAAAAUAAUGUUAUAGAACCUGUAGAAGAACUAGAGCGUGGUGAACCAGGGAUAGAUGAGGAUGAUGAUGGUUUCCGUGGUAACUUUCUGGUUCGACUCCUGGGCGAUUUAUACCCUAGUCAGGAACUAGAUCCAGGAUUCUCAAGGAUACGGAGAGGAGAGGUUUACAAGCACAACAAGAACUUCCAGCUGAAUUCAUUACUCACAGCUAUUCUUGUUCUCAUGGCAGCAUUGGUCAUUGGUCUGGGGAUCGGACAUUUUCUAGGUGUUCUGUUCUCCGUAUCUCUGGGUAUACCGUCCACUUACCUAGGGUUAGGUCCGCACCCUGAGCAGGGUUCAACUUUCGGUCUAGGAUUAGAUUUUACCCAGGAUCAGUUGGAUCAUCAGUUCAUGCAUGGUGGAAGAACACCUGUGACUCAUAAAGAAGGUAUCAGUGAUGAGUAUGAUCUGGAAAGAAUGAAAGAUUCAGUUAUAAAUUCAGACUUUGGUUCCGUGUUGGGCGGGAUAAAGAAAGUUUUGUCAAAUCUUGGUUCCAAGUUUGGUUACUUAAAGAAAACUCCAGGGUACCACGGACCUACUCCUAAUCCGGAAACAGGUACUUCUUCUGCUCCGAAGCUUGAAGCAGGUCCUACCCCUACUCCUGACUCUGAAUCAGACCCUGAUCCUACUACAAACUAUGAAUCCGAGCAAACUUCUACUCCUAACUCUGAACCUAAAUCAAAUCCUGGACAAACUUCUGAUCCUGAGCACACCCAGUUCCAGUGUAUGAGUGAUACACACAACCCUAUUCUACUCGAAGGGGAACCUGUUCUUGUCACUGAGCCCCAGGACUGUCAUAAAUACUUCAUGGACUUCGCAGCAUUUGCUGAUCCACAGCUAGUCUUCAUGGAGGAGGCCAGAGCUGUGUUUAAAAGAAUGUCUGAGAAGCUUGAGGUUGUUGAGAUGUAUGAUCAGAUUCAAGAAGAGAAACUUUGCCAUUUACAGGAUGAACUAGUUACUUGUAUCUCAGGAGUGGAAGGGCAAGGAGGUGAUGACCAGGAUCUGGACGAUCGUGUGAUCCGAGCUCUAUGGGAGGAGAACCAGGAGCUCCGUGACCAGGUUCAUCAUCUCAAAUCUAAUAUUGGAGACACGAGGGAGGAAGCGAUGACCGCAAUACUCCGUGACCGGAUAAACAACCUGUUGACCGCUAAUGGUGACCUGGAAAGGGAGGUGGCAAGGUUGAGAUAUGCUGAAGCAGCCCGAGGAGCGGCUGAAUCUAUUGAGAGUCUGGAGCAGCUGAGAAAAACUAGGGAUGCCCUUAACAACAUUGUUGAUGAGAAUGAUCAACUCAAAAUCCAGGUUGGAAAGUACAGAUACGGAGCAGCACCAAACUCUGCAGCUCCCAAUACACGAGCUCCAAAUUCCGCUGCUCCCAUUACAGACGAAGAUACAGUUAUUGAUUAUGAUGAAAGUGGUAAAGCAAUAGAUGAUUCUGAUGAUGCUGAUGUUGAUAUCGAAGUUGAUUCUCCUGAAAUCAAUGAAAAUAAUGAAAUGUCAAUAAGUUCAAAGGUACAAAAGGAAGAUCUGUCUGAAUCUUGGCCUAUGAGAAGACAACACGACAUAAAGAGAGAAGAGGAAAGAAGACAGAUUGAUAAAGAUGGUGAGAAUGAGUAUGAUAAUGAUAAUGAUGAUUAUGAUAAUGAUAAUGAUGAUGAUGAUGGUGACUCUGAAACUGUGCAGAAAACUAAUGAAUAUGACAAUACUGACGAGGGAUACGUAUCAGAUAAAAAAGAAAUGAAGCAUAAUGAAGAAAGCUGGGAGAAAAAGUCAACAAACCAAAAUAAGCCAAAUGAUGACCGAAAAAUAGUCGAGGAUGAUGAACAUGAACAUCCUGUCCUGAAAGAUAUUUCCAGAAAGAUCGCCAAAAAACUCUCCAAGUUUGGAUCCAAGCUGUUUGAUGCUGCUGGGGAAAUUAACUGGGAGGAUACUAAACAUUUUUUCUCCGGACUCCAGGAGGACAUAGGAGUCAAGCUCUCUAGCCUCGGAGGCCUUAACCUCAACAUCUUCCAGGAGAAAUUUGCUGAGAUUCGUGGAUUUGUUGAAAAGGGAGAACUGGAAGGACACGUGGAGCCUACUAAAAUGGCUGCUAGGAAACUCCUGAAGUCCCUGAUGCACUCUGUAAAGGAUUUACAAGAAGCUGCAAAAGACGCCACUGAAAAAAGUUCCUGGAAUAAUCAGUUGAACGAAGAAAUUUCCAAAAUCAAGAUGAAGAUGGAGAGAAGCUGGACCGACAUCAAGAACACCUGGACCAACAUUAUCAACCAGAAGAUGGACAAGGACCAACAGAAAGAUUCUCCAGACUCCAAAUACAAGAGAAGUCAAGAUGAGAAAAGAGUAAAGAAAAUUAAAGAGAAAGAGAAGAAGAAUAAUAGACGACAAGAGGAAAAGGAAUACGGAAGGAAGUUUGCGGAGGAAAGAAGGGAAACAGAAAAUAUUAAAAUAGAUGAAACAAAGAGACAGGAGCAUAAGAAGGAUAUAAGAGAGAAAGAGAAUAAAAGGAGCAGAAAGCAGUACAAGAGAGAGAGGGGGAAUGAGAAGAUGAAGAAGGAAGAGGAGGAGGAUGAAGACUGGACAUCUAGAAGAGGAAUGGGAAGGAGUUUGAAAAGAAAUCAAGAAUCUAAAGGAGAUUGGGUAUUUGAAAGAGCUAGACAAAGGAAGAAUGUAAGACUAGAAGAUGAGAAAGAAGACUGGUAUGAAGCAAGAAAAAGGCGGCGCUCACGUGGAGAGGAUUGUGAUGACGACUGUGAAAAUGAACGCGGCGAAUGCGAAGGGGAAAAAUGUUAUGCAAUAAAAAGAUAAAAAACGAGAAAUGCUUUCUGGAAAACCGGGGGAUUAGAAAUAAAGAAAAAAAAAUUGAAGGUUAAAAGCUUAUUUCGAGUACUGCACCCUUUGUACUCUGUACCAAAUUACCCAAAAGCGAAUUCAUUAGUAAUUUACUAAACUUUUUUAAAAAACAGUAAAGAACCAUCAUGACGCUUAAACCUGGAACUAUGCACUGCUCAUUAAUCCACUGUCUUCACUUGCUUCUGCUUAGGGUGUUAACAACUUUAAAUUAAACAGGUUUGAAUAGAUAUCUUAACAUGGCAUUAGUUCUGGAAUUGUGUACAUUAAACGUUGCAGAAUUUAAUCUUUUAAAAAAACAUUUUCCUUUCUUCAAGGUCGCUUUUUGGCCAUGUUUUUAAGCGAUUUUAGUGUCAUUAAUUAAUUAGUGAAGCUAAACAGUUGGUAUCCAUAGCAAAAGCUUCGCCCUGAGAACUAACGACAUAUUUCGUUGAAUCUGUUAAACUUAUUAGAAUAAUGUAAAUUUACACGACCUUUCCAGUCUUUCAUUUCUUGCAACUACAUCUAGACCUUCUAUACAUUUCACUAG